AUGUACACUCGGCUGCAAAAUUUGAAGCAGGGAGCUCGUACAGUUGACGAAUAUGCAGAUGAAUUUUUCUUGUUGAUUACUCGCAAUGAAAUAUUCGAUAGUGAGAUUCAGCUGGUUUCCCGUUUCAUCGGAGGCUUGCGAGCACAAAUCCAAAACGCUUUGGUCCAGUUUGAUCCAACCACCAUUGCCGAAGCUCACCGGAGAGCUGUAGCGUUCGAGCUACAAUUCAAAUCUAAUCUCAGCUGGAAUUCUUCUGGUCGUACUAGACCUCCAACUAAUGUACCGACAGAGACGGGUCCUUUAAACGUUCCCUCUCGGCUUGUAGAAGAAGCAGCUAGCGAGCGCCUUGGAGACAAGGGAACGACAGGCGAGAACCCGAGCUUGCGUCGUUCGUCUCGACCAAACGCCCUACGCUGUUUUGGUUGUGGAGAGGCGGGCCACAUUCAAACCGCAUGUCCGAAGAAGACUCGACGUGGGCUACUUAGUGAGGAAGUAAGAUGGGAUGAUGACGGAGAAGAGACUCCGGCCACUUACGACGAGGACCUGCUUGUCGAUCGGAAUGAUGGCGAUCAGGGGACACUCCUUGUGGUUCGUUCUUGCCUGUCACCGGUGGCACGAGAAGAAUCAUGGCUCCGCACUAACAUAUUUCAGUCGACUUGCACAAUCAAGGGUAAGGUCUGCACUUUUGUUAUUGACGCAGGGAGCUCAAAGAAUGUAACCUCGGAGGAAGCUUGUCAAAAAUUGGGUCUUGCUCGGGAGAAACAUCCACGACCCUAUGCGCUGACGUGGUUAAACUCUGACGCUGAGAUCGGCAUCUCUCACCGAGCAUGGGUCUCUUUCUCGAUCGGACAGUAUUAUAAAGACAAGAUUUGUUGCGAUGUUGCUCCAAUGGAUGUCGGCCAUCUCUUGCUUGGUCGUCCAUGGCAAUAUGACCGUGACGUGACUCAUAGUGGGAAGAGUAAUGUCUAUAGUUUUGUGUUUGACAAUCGUAAGAUUGUUUUGCUUCCCAGGCCAGAAGCAUCGUUGCUAGAAAAGUCUUCUCAAGUGCAGCCAUUGUCUUCGGGUCCUCCUCGACCAACGAAGGUUCUCCUCUGUUCUGCACCAGUGUUUGCCUCGGAAUUUCAGGAGACCGGUUUUGCUGUUGCUCUAUUCUCGACGAAUGUCUCUUCUCCACCUGACUCACCGUUAGCGGACUGGAGAGCUGCUCUUCCAAACAGACCUCACUACCGCAUGAGUCCACAAGAACAUGAAGAGCUACGCCGCCAAGUAGAGGAGCUCAUCGCUAAAGGCCAUAUUCGUGAGAGCCUUAGUCCUUGUGCUGUUCCCGCUCUUCUUAUCCCAAAGAAAGACGGUUCGUGGCGUAUGUGUGUAGAUAGUCGUGCCAUUAACAAGAUCACGGUUCGCUAUCGUUUUCCCAUCCCUCGUUUGGACGACCUUCUUGAUCAAAUUGGCAAAGCAACCGUGUUCUCCAAACUGGAUUUGAAAAGCGGCUAUCAUCAAAUCCGUAUCCGGCCAGGUGAUGAGUGGAAGACGGCUUUUAAGACUCGCGAGGGAUUGUUUGAGUGGAUGGUGAUGCCUUUCGGGUUAUCGAAUGCUCCGAGUACUUUUAUGAGAGUGAUGAACCAAGCUUUGCGACCUUACAUUGGUAAGUUUGUGGUGGUCUACUUUGACGAUAUCUUGAUUUUCAGCUCUUCCCUAGCCGACCACCAAGACCAUAUUCGACAAGUAUUGUUGGUUCUACAGCGAGAAACACUUUUUGUGGCACGCCAAAAGUGUGAGUUUGGAGUCGAUAGUGUGUUGUUUCUUGGCUAUGUAGUAUCUUCUUCGGGUUUGUCCAUGGAUACGAGCAAAGUUGAGGCUGUGAGAUCUUGGCCCAUACCAAAAACGAUCUCUGAUGUUCGCAGUUUCCAUGGGUUAGUGUCUUUUUAUCGACGUUUCGUACCACAUUUCAGCUCCAUUAUGGCGCCAUUGACUGAUUGCAUGAAGGAAGGACAGUUUGUGUGGUCGACAGAAGCUCAAGAUACCUUUGAGUUGAUUAAACAGAAGCUGACCUCCGCCCCCAUCUUGGUCUUACCAGAUUUUGAGCUGCCGUUUGAGCUUCAUUGUGACUCUUCCAAGUUGGGCAUUGGAGCAGUGUUGAGCCAACAGACUCGGCCUAUUGCUUAUUUUAGCGAGAAGAUAGCAGGGGCACGAAGUCGCUACAACACGUAUGACAUUGAGUUUUAUGCUGUGGUGCAAGCUAUCAAGCAUUGGAGACAUUAUCUUGUGCAUCGAGAGUUUGUCUUGUUCACCGAUCAUGACGCGCUCAAACACCUUGAUAGCCAAGUCAAAGUUUCUUCACGACAUGCGUCUUGGAUAGCGUACCUACAACAGUUCACGUUUUCGAUUCGUCACAAGGCCGGUAAGUUGAAUCGCUUGGCGGAUGCGUUGAGUCGGAGACACACCUUGCUCUCCACAAUGCACGUUGCUGUUCCCGGAUUUGGAUCAUUCUCGGAGUUAUAUGACACGGAUCCAUUCUUUAGUUCAGUUCUUGCUGAUGUUCGUGAUGGUGUGCGCGAUGACUUUACCUUAACGGAUGGGUUUCUUUUUCGUGGUUUACAGUUAUGUGUCCCUGACUGUAGCUUGCGUUUGAAGGUGAUUGAGGAGCUCCACAAGGAAGGUCAUGUCGGACGUGAUCGAACCUUACAACUGGUUUCCGGUUCUUAUUUUUGGCCUUCUCUCCGUCGCGAUGUCGAAAUAUUUUUUGAGCGCUGUCGCGCUUGUCAGCUGGGAAAAGGCAACGCCUCCAAUGCUAGUCUCUACCUCCCUUUACUGAUUCCCACUCAGCCUUGGACAGAUGUGAGUAUGGACUUCAUUUUGGGACUUCCACGCACGCAAAGGGGUAAUGACUCUAUCUUUGUCAUUGUUGAUCGUUUCUCUAAGAUGGCCCACUUUCUGCCUUGUAAACAAACGACGGAUGCGGUUCGUGUGGCUCAAUUGUUCUUCCAAGAAGUCUAUCGGUUGCAUGGUCUUCCCACGUCCAUUGUCUCGGAUCGCGAUACAAGGUUUUUAAGUCACUUUUGGAGAUCAUUGUGGAAGAUGUUACAAACUAGUCUUGACAUGAGCACCGCUUAUCACCCCCAAACAGACGGUCAAACGGAGGUCACUAAUCGAGCUUUGGGUAAUAUGCUACAUUGUCUUGUGGGAGAAAACUUACGUUCAUGGGAAGCACGUCUUUUUCAAGCAGAGUUUGCGCACAAUCAUGCUACGAAUCGGAGCUCUGGUUUCAGUCCGUUUGAGAUUGUCUAUAGCAUUUUACCUCGUGGUCCGUUGGAUCUUACCACAGUGCCGGAUCCACGUCGCAUGCAUGGUAAAACUGUGGAGUUCGUCGACUCUUUGAAGAAUACUCACCAACAAGCUCGCGACCAGUUGGAAUUGUCUACAACUAAGUAUAAAGCUCGUGCCGACGCUAAACGCCGUGAAGUUGUUUAUGAGCCUGGAGAGUUGGUUUGGGUGGUUCUCACUAAAGAUCGGAUGCCAUUACAUGAGUAUAAUAAGUUACGAUCGCGUAAGAUUGGUCCCGUGGAAGUUUUGGAGCGUAUAAACAACAAUGCUUACCGGUUACGCUUACCUUCACACAUCAAGACAGCCGACGUCUUCAACGUCAAAUACCUCUCGAAGUUUCUUGGUGAUAAUGACGUUCCAGAUUCAGAGACGAAUCUCCUCCUACCCGGAGGGACCUGA